CAGAGCUAACACAUGACCAGAUCCGCGGGAACGUCAAAAAAAGAAAACAUCUGCCAAAACAGCGUUCUCUAACAUGAAUUUAAGCACUUCGGAGACAAAUAACGACGUAGCCUCAGACAAUGUAUCACGAAACCCAAUGUCAGAGUCAGUGGACGACCCGACAUUAGUGUUUCAGUGCGAAAAUUGUAGAAGUAUUCUUGGUGACUCCACGGCGUGGGUGUGUUCGGAUGAAACUUUGAAAACCAUCACGCUUCAGCAGGUCACGGACAAAGUCAAAGUUCUCGACAAGUUGAAGUCCUCCCCGAACUGUGGAAGUGCGUUUGUCCCGCUGUACUGUCGAGGGUGUAACGAGGGGAUAGGGAUGAUGUACAAGACGACUGCCAGGAACCGCGAUGCCAUGAGGGACCGGUACAGCCUCUUCGUCUCCAAGAUGUCCAGCUAUGAGGUGGGGAGUUGCAGAUCGGUCCAAAUUCCAGACGAUGAUUCCAAACUGCCUCUGUUGGCCAAACUGCAGGCUGACAUACUGAAGGUGCAGACAGUGAUUGUAUCAAUGAAUGCUCGGAUAUCGGCAAUAGAGCAGUACAUCGGUGAUGGGCAGGAGUAGCCUCAGGAGGACACCAGACAGGUGCUUGAUGUCCUCGCUAGGACGAAGCAGUGCCGGGAUACAGAGGAGGCAGAUUGAGUCCUUGAAUACUUAGUGCUGAAUCAGCACAAAUUCUAUUUCCCUGUGAUACACGAUUAUUGGUGGAAACAAGUUUUCAGAUCCAGCGUCAAUGUUUUGAUACCGAUGGCUUUUCAGUUUGCCUGAAGGACUAAAACGAAACAAAGAUGGAAGUUGAUCAUUUAUUUUCUUUGUUUCAUUUAUUAAGUUGUUGUGUUAUCUGUGGUUUGCGUACAUGUUGAAGAAUUCGGUGCCAAUACCCCAUGUUUAGUCUGUUAUCAAUGGUUAUGUUACUGAGUACAUAUUGGGUUGUGUCAUUCAGCAGCCAAGUCCUGAACAGUUUGGUUGUCAUCUUGCCAGUUCAGUUUCUACAGUUUGACUGACUUUUCUCACAUUGUAGGACUAACAAUUAUCUGCAUGCUAUUUUGUGGGGGAAACAAAUCUGUGGAUUAUUUACCUUGAAAAGUAGACAAUACAAGUUCUGAAUACCAAUGUUUGUUCUUGUAUUGGGGGCGGUCACGUGGCCUAGUGGUUAAAGCGUUCGCUCGUCAUGCUGAAGACCCAGGUUCAAUUCCCGAC